GCACAUAAGCAGAUCCAGCGUUGGCUACACUACCCUAAGAAAGCUCGCCCUCAAAGAUUACAACUUUCCAUUGACUAUACCAACGCACCGGCCUCCUCAUCAAAGAGAGCAAAUCAGCUUCAAUCGAUCUACGAGACAUUCUCGUUUUUAUAGCAAGCACUCCAACAGCAGCUACGCAGUAGUCGACAUGGCGUCCACCACCACAGUGCCAAAGCACCUGAACUUCAUCACAGGCAACAAGAACAAGUUAGCUGAGGUUCAAGCCAUUCUUGAAGGCGUGAUUGAACUUCGAAACCAGAAUGUCGACCUUGUUGAAAUUCAAGGCACGGUAGAGGAAGUCACUUCAGACAAGGCACGGCGAGCCGCUGAAGCCAUCAAAGGACCUGUUCUCGUGGAGGACACAUGUCUUUGCUUCAAAGCCAUGAACGAUCUGCCUGGCCCAUAUAUCAAAUGGUUCAUGCUUUCCCUUGGCGCUGGAAACCUCCACAAAAUGCUCUCGGGUUUCGACGAUAAAUCCGCACAAGCAGUCUGCACAUUCGGCUACUGCGAGGGUCCAGGCCACGAGCCUGUGCUGUUCCAGGGACGUACGGAUGGAAAGCUGGUAGAGAGUCGGGGAUCUACAGUCUUUGGAUGGGACUCAUGCUUCGAGUACGAGGGCCAGACGUACGCGGAGAUGGAGAAGAGUGAGAAGAACAAGAUCAGUCAUCGGGCCAAAGCGCUGGAUAAACUGAAGGAAUGGCUGGCGGCAAAGAAGGUUGAUGGGUAGAACAGAAACAUUCUUGACAUACGCCCAGUUCCUACAUCUCAACACCAAGACAGACGAGACAGUCAGUACUC